AUGAAAAUCCUCAGUCUUAUUUCAAUUGCAGCUGUUUUAAAUAAUCUUACGCCUGUACAUGCCGCUGAUACGUGGAAUUAUCAAUGUGGUCCAGCAGUUAUUCAUGGAAGUUACGUACAAGAUUGUGUUAACUCCUACCACAAAUAUAUAAUGCCAAGUGUGACUAGAGAUUACGGACCCAACGAAUAUUUUAAAACGGCCACUUUCCCGGUUAAAUAUUUCCAUAACGGUGCAUAUAUGGAUGUUCAGGUUUCAGCAGAUUUUACAAUUCUUAAGGAAAUUACUAAAGUUAAAGCUUCGGCUCUCGGGCAAGAGAUUGAAUGUCAUCCAACAAAGAAGGUGCCUGAAUUUGUGAACGCAACAUAG